AUCAAGACCGGACUGUAUCCAAUCCAAUCUUCGGUCCUUAUAUUUUCAAAAAGACCGGACUGGACCGGAUCAAUUUGGGCCAAUUUAACCAGACCGGACCGUAUAGCCACCCCUAGCUCCUCUGAUGUGGUGGAAGUGGUUGGACUUCCGGCCCGUUGCAGUAACUCCCCUGAGGUGGCGGUGGAUGAGCCACGUUCCUGGCCCCAUCCCAUUCUCUCCUUGCUCCUUUGACUCGGUUUGGUUAGGCCCGACUCCACAUAACAAGGCUUCAGUCACGUCUCCAAUGUUCGACCCUAACCCUUGUCACCGGGCCUUGGCCCAUGUAAGCCGUCGCCUCCUAGGGUUGGAUCGACCACUGUGUUGCGGCCCAUGUUAGUACGACUCCCCAAAGGCGGCUCGAGCCCUCUUUGUGGCCUAUUCUUGAGCAAAGGUGGCCCGCUUCCACUCGCCCCUAGCCCCAUUCCUGCAGCAUGCUCUGCGGCCCAACAGGCUUACACAGUGCGCUUGCUGCAUCAUGAUCCGAGCUGUCUACGAUGAGGUUUCCCCACGAAGCGGCACCCGUCCCUCACGAAGGAAGACCAGUUCUGGAAUUCCCCUCAACUCCUCCGUCCAGAUAUCCUUGCAUCUUCGAUGCUGCCUUUUGGUCGACCGGUUCGGGUACCGCCAGCACUGGGUUGAUGGGUUGUGGUGACUCGCCCUCCUCGAUCGCCAACUUAUGCUUCUCUUCCGCGAAAAUCAGAUCAACGGUUCGCCUUGCCCUUAUUGCCAUUUUUGCUUUUAGCUCCGCGAACAUGGAUGUCACGUGUACAAACAUAAUAUCCAUUCAUAGGAACCCUCUACGCAACUCCUCUUGCAAAGACUUCACUAUCGCAUUUGUCGCUGCUUGUUUGAUUUGUAUCUCAACUAGCCCCAUCUUCAAGUUUGUCACGUCGGUGGAGAGGGUAGCUCGCGCAAGCUCUCCUUUUCGACAACACUCUUGUCUCCUGGUGGCCUUCGAGAAGCUCGCGUAGUUGCGGAGGUCUGGCCUCCUCCUCGGCGAUGCUCUCAUGUGACGCAACCUGCGAAGUCACCUUCUUCGGUGGCAUGAUUCCCAAACCUAGUCGUGGAACAACCAGGCUCUGAUACCAAUUGACGCGUGAAGGAUUUCACGCGUAGUAGAUCCCCGAACUCUUCUACCAAAACUAAGAAACACGACAACAGCUAUGGCUACUUUCUACAAAAUCACUUGACUUCUUAUUCAUGAAUAAAAACGUAAAGCAAAU